CAGCCCAGAAAACUCUCGCCUCGCCGCCACAACGCGUCACAAUUCCUCCGAUCUUCUCUGCCCCCUCCCCCGGAGCUAAGCACCCAUCCACCCAAAUGGCGGCGUCGGCGGCGAGGAACCUUGUGCUACGGCACCUUCGCUUGGCCGCGGUCCCCGCGUCGUCGGUGUCCGUCAGGCUGGCAGCGGCGCUGCAGGGUGUCCUGUCGGGGCGGCGGUGGAUGUCGUCGGAGGACGCCAAGGGGUCGUUCCUAGACAAGGAAGAGGUCGCCGAGCGCACCAUCAAGGUCGUCAAGAACUUCCAGAAGAUCGACAACCUAUCCAAGGUGAAAGCAGAUGCCCACUUCAAGGAUGAUCUUGGCCUGGACAGUUUGGAUGCAGUGGAGGUUGUGAUGUCCUUGGAAGAGGAAUUUGGCUUUGAGAUACCUGAUAAUGAAGCUGACAAAAUUGACUCCAUCAAAGCUGCAGUGGACUUCAUCGCUUCGCACCCCAAAGCCAAAUGAGCAAAGGACUGGUGCUAUGCUGUAGUUGUUAGUGUUUACCGCCAUGAAGCUCGUGUUCAUACAGUUCCUCUGCACGCUAUCUGUUUCUGGGGUUGUGCGCCAUGUUCAAUUUCGAGCACCGCCUUAUCCGAAUAAUAUGUUUGAUAUGAGAACACGUAUUCCUGUAUGGAGUUUUCGCUAGUUAUUGAAUAUCUGUCCCCUGA